AUGCGCGGAAAAGUAGCAUUCGAGGAGGCCUUUGCCCUGCCUCGUCUUCAGGAAAAGACUCGCUGGUGGGCGUCGCUCUUUGCGGUCAACCCCGACAAGCAUGCCCACGAGAUGACGGACGUCACGGAGACGCGAAUCCAAUAUAUGGACAAGCACGGCGUUGGAUACACCAUCCUAUCCUACACUGCCCCCGGAGUUCAGGAUAUCUGGGACGCCGCCGAAGCGCGCACCCUAACGACAGAGAUCAACGACUACAUUGCCGGUGCCAUCAAGCCUCACCCAGACCGUCUGGGUGCCUUUGCUACUCUAUCUAUGCAUGAUCCGGCCGAAGCCGCUGCUGAGCUGAGGCGCUGCGUGACCGAGCUUGGCUUCAAGGGCGCUCUCGUCAACGACACGCAGCGCGCCGGCCCCGACGGCGACGACAUGAUCUUUUAUGACGGCCCCGAGUGGGACGUCUUCUGGUCCACCGUGACUGACCUCGACGUGCCAUUUUACCUGCAUCCCCGCAACCCGACCGGCACCAUCUACGAGAAGCUGUGGGCCAAGCGCAAGUGGCUCAUCGGCCCGCCGCUCAGCUUCGCCCAGGGCGUGAGCCUGCACCUGCUGGGCAUGGUCACCAACGGCGUCUUCGACCGCCACCCCAAACUGCAGGUCGUGAUUGGUCAUCUGGGCGAGCACCUUCCCUUUGACCUGUGGCGCAUCAACCACUGGUUCGAGGACGUCAAGAAGCCGCUCGGCCUGGACUGCAAAAAGACCAUCCGCGAGUACUUUGCCCAAAACAUCUGGAUCACGACAAGUGGUCACUUUUCCACGCCCACGCUUGAAUAUUGCAUCACUGAGAUGGGCCCCGACCGCAUCAUGUUUUCUAUUGACUAUCCGUUCGAAUCUUUCGGAGAUGCAUGUGAUUGGUACGACAAGGUCGAGCUGAAGGAUGCGUCGCAUGUCGGAAAAAUUGGCCGUGACAACGCCAAGAAGCUGUUCAAGCUCGGCGCUUUCAAGGAUGCAGAGGCAUGA